UUGCAGGUGCUGGACAUAGCCACUAGGGGGCAAUGUCUGACAGCAGUGGUGCUGCCAACAGCAAUAGCUGGACUGUCCUUACAGCUGAGGUACGCUCUCUUCACUGCUUUGUGUGUGUGUGUGCACUGCAGAGUUUGCACAAGUUUGAGUUUUGAACACUUAAGUAAGAAAAAAACUAGUUUUUCUAAUGGGAUUAAAUGUGUCACCAUAUGGGUCAAUUCAAUAAUGUGUGUGUGUGUGUGUCUCAGGAGACUGUUGCUGAGACGCUGAGGCCUGUAGAGGAGGGAACGGAGCAUCAUGAAGAUACACCAAGUCAUACUGCUACAGAGAAACCUACAGGUACACCAAGUCAUACUGCUACAGAGAAACCUACAGGUACACCCAGUCAUACUGCUACAGAGAAACCUACAGGUACACAACACAUACAGUGAGCUCCAAAAGUAUUGGAAAUGUUUUGUUUUGUCUCUGUACUCCAGCACUUUGGAUUUUAAAUUAUACAAUGACUAUGAGGUUAAAGUGCAGACUGUCAGCUUUAAUUUGAGGGUAGGUUCAUACAUAUCGGGUGAACCGUUUAGAAAUUACAGCACUUUUUGUACAUAGUCCCCCUAUUUUAGGGGACAAAUUCACUUAUCUGUAUUAAAGUAGUCAAAGGUUUAGUAUUUGAUCCCAUGUUACUAGCACACAAUGAUUACAUCAAGCGUGUUGGAUGCAUUUGCUGUUUGUUUUGGUUGUGUUUCAGAUUAUUUUGUGUCCAACAGAAAUGAAUGGUAAAUAAUAUAUUGUGUCGUUUUGAAGUCACUUUUAUUGUAAAUAAGAAUAGAAUGUUCCUAAACACUUGUACAUUCAUGUGGAUGCUACCAUGAUUACGGAUAGUCCUGAAUGAAUCGUGAAUAAUGAUGAGUGAGAAAGUUACAGACGCUCAAAUAUCUUACCCCCCAAAAAAUGCUAACCUCAUUACACAUUUACAUUUUAGUCAUUUAGCAGACGCUCUUAUCCAGAGCGACUUAGAGUUUUUAUUUUGUAUUUUUUUCAUACUGGCCCCUCGUGGGAAUCGAACCCACAACCCUGGCAUUGCAAGCGCCAUGCUCUACCAACUGAGCUACACGGGGCCCAUGUACAAUAACCUCCCCUGUUAUUGUAAUGGUGAGAGGUUAGCAUGUCUUUGGGGAAUUAUAUUUGUGCGUCUAACUUUCUGACUCAAAAUUAUUCACCAUCCAUAAUCAUGGUAGCAUCCACAUUAACGUAGAAAUGUUUAGUGUUUUAUGUUUUUAUUUACAGUAAAAGUGACUCCAAAAUGACACAAUACAUUAUUUACCAUUCAUUUCUAUUGAGCACAAAAUGAUAUGAAACAUAAACAAAUAAACUGCAAAUGCAUCCAACAACCAUGCAAUCAUUGCGUGCUAGGAAUAUGGGACCAAAUACUAAACUUUUGCCUAAUUUAAUACACAUAUAAGUGACUUUGUCCCAAUACUUUUGGUCCCCUAAAAUGGGGGGAAUAUGUACAGAAAGUGCUGUAAUUUCUAAACGAUAUGGAUGAAAAUACCCUCAAAUUAAAGUUGACAGUCUGUACUUUAACCUCAUAGUCACUGUAUCAUUUCAAAUCCAAAGUGCUGGACUACAGAUCCAAAACAACAAAAAAUCAACUGUCCCAAUACUUUCGGAGCUCACUGUGUUGUAACAUGAGAACCUACAGGUACACAACACACACUGCAACAGUGGUGAUUUUGGCAUGUAAAUCUUGGUGGGGCAAACUCAAAAAGUUGUAUUUUAUUCGAUGCAUGCCAGCAAAGCCACAACACAACACUAAACAAUUAAUUAAUUGCACUAUAACAGUGACAAAUGGUGCCCACAAACUGUUAGGGCCUACAUAAAGCUGUCCCAACAGCAGAGCUUUCUUUUCAGCACCAUGGAGUGAAUUCUUACCACUGCUACACCUGGCUAUCAGCGGAGCCUUGACUGGCAGCGAAACAGUUCAUUCAGCCUAAUUUUAGUGCCUUUAAAAAAAAAAACUGAUAUGGCUGACUUGCUUAAACAAAUGUGGUUUCUACUGACAAUUGAGAUGUACAAACUAUGCCAUAAGGGAACGAUGAGCGGAUAAGAGGCAAUCCGUAAUAUCGAUUAAGACAUUAAUGAGUGAGCUAAGACAGACGUAGUCAAUAUAACUAUUUGUUCAGCACUUUUGAAAUGUACUGCGACAGAAUUCAGAACAUGGGCCGUUCUUACAGUAUUCUCCCUGUACACAAAGUCAGAACCGUAGGAUAAAUAAAGGGCAGACAAUGAAAGCUCUUACAAUAUUCGAUGAUGACAUUUCUCUAAAACAGGCUACAGGCUACAUGUCCACCACCAAGUCAGAACAGUAGGCUAAGUUAUGAGGGGGUAAGGGACCAAAUGAUUAGGGUGAGGCACAUGGGCUACUAACAGAUGAUGGUCCUCUGUAGCUCAAUUGGUAGAGCAUGGCGCUUGUAAUGCCAGGGUAGUGGGUUCGAUCCCCGGGACCACCCAUACGUAAAAAUUUAUGCGCACAUGACUAAGUUGCUUUGGAUAAAAGCUUCUGCUAAAUGGCAUAUAAUAAUAAUAAUAAUAAUAAUAACAGCUUACUACACAACAUACACUUAGUAUUCCUUUCUUAGCUACAGUAUACAUAUCUCACUGGCAUAUUACAUCAUUUAUCACUUUUUUGGACUCACCUUGUUGUGCUGUGCUCACUUGAACAGGAAGGUGGUGGUCCUUCUUGUGAGCAAAUGUUGUCAUCAAAGUCUGUAAUUCUCUGGAUUUAUGAUGCUUUCAAGACAACUGGGAACUCAGAAAAAAAGAAGGUUGAAUCAUGACGUCAGUGAUCUUCAGGUUGGAGCUCUAGAAAGCAGCCCGAGUUCCCGACUUGGAAUUCCAAGUUGGAUGACCGUUCAAAAUGUAUUUUCCCAAUUGUCUUGAACUAACUCAAGUCUGAGAUUUCCCAGUUCCGAGUUUCCAGUUGUUUUGAACACGGCAGAAGUCAUGCUGGAUUGACAGCAUGGCCAAUGUAUUCAACCUUUUCUGGCCCAUGGUGUUGCAUGCGAAUGUUUAUCCUUUUAAACCUGGAAAAGAGACCUUUAAACCCAGACUUGGACCACACACCCUUUCCACUGAAUAGCAGGCUAGUGAUUGCUUUGCAAUGCUUCCAGUUAGCCACUGAUUCCUGAAUUUGCCAUUUCCAACUUGUUCUGUAAUGUUUAUGGCCGAUGAGCACCGAUACGUUUUAUCUGUAAUUUAUCUUCAUAUGAUAAGGAUUGAAAAUGAUUUGACAGUAGAUUGUCAACUUGAUUCAUGAUGAUGACUGCUUGUCUAGCUUGCUAGCUAAGAUUUUGAAAGUAUGAUGUUGACAUGAUCAGUCCAAUCAAAGCUACGGUAGAUCUAACGUGAUUUGACGUCAUUCUAUCUGUGGCCAAUGACCUUGAGCCUUCUUGGAUGGGCACUUCUAAUGUAAAUCUAUGGCAGCACCCAAGGGGCUUGAAUUUGACGUAUAAGGAGAGACUUUGUUAUUUCUUCAAACAAUUAUACUUUAUUUAUCGAUUUAAUUAUUGCAAUAAUGAAGCUGGUCGGUCAUGCACUCUGAGGUGUAAGGCAGAGAGCUCGAAGACACAAGGAGUACAGAAGCCUUAUAUAGCGAAGCUGUCUUAUGCAAGUAUGUACAAAACACGUGAUCUUGGUAUGUGUGUGGGGGACGAGACAACUGGGGUACAAGGUACAGACUAACUGUGAAAAAGGUUGCCUCAUUCUGUAGCAUCUGCUGAUUAUUCUAAUCCACCAGACACCGUUCCUCAAAAGUAGAUGAAUGGUUCACCAAACCGGGCAAGCGAGCGCCUUUCGCUUUCUGCCUAGAUUAUGUGGGGUUUCUCACCCACACACAUACACAAGCAUGAACCUUUCGCCCAGCAACAUGAAUGACGGGUCGCCACUUCACUGCAAUAGGAUAACCUACAGGCACUAAUACUUUUAUACUACUUAAUGUCUAACAUGCCUCUCCCUGUGUGUCUGUCUAUCAGAGAGUAGGCCUGGGGAGGAUGCAGUGUCUGCUGAAGAGUCUCACUCUGUGGAGCCACAGCAGGUUAGAGCUCCAUCUCUAUUGACACCCCACCUAGGAUCAUAUCUAUCUAGGGGAAACACUGACUGGUCUUGCACACUAACAACUGUGUUUCACAUCCAUCCCCAGGUGACCCAGGAAACACAACCAGAGAGAGGCAAGGAUCACACCCCUGUUGUAGAGAGUCACACCCAUGAGCCUACCCAUGACCUUCCCUCUGACCCUGCCCUUGACUCCACCUCUGCUAGUGUUGCUCCUCCGAGCUCUCCGUUAGAAGUCCCUGCCCCCACAGGCCCUGACCCAGAUACACACAGCCAAUCCAGAAGCCUGCCUGGGAGCCCGGCCCCUCCCAUCUCUGACCCUGAUUCGUUCUCUGACUCCUACACCCACAUUAGCUCCUCCCCUGACCUUGAAACACCCUGCCUUGCUGCUCAACACUGAGCCACCGGAAGAGGGGUAUAUACAGGAUGUGCAUCAUCAUUAUGAGGAGGGGCUUGGGCAGGAAGAGGAGGAGUCUGAUCUGUCGGAGGUCGGGGUCAAGACAGGUGAGACUCAAGGCAUCUGUCUGGAGCACCGUAACAACAUUACCUUCACUGUCACCUCCUCAAAUUGUAGUUUGUGAACUAUCCCUUUAAAAGCUCAUGUUCAGUGGCUCUAACUCCUCUCUUUCUCCCUGGGCCAGACUCCCAUCUGGAAGCAGAGGUGUUGGGGGAGGAGAAGGGUGAGGAGGAAGGGGUAUCAGGGGUGAGGAGGAGGAGGGGGUCUCUCCUGGCAGCUCUGGAGCGGAUCGGGAGGAAGGAGGAGGAGAGGAGGAGGAUGAAUUCCGUAUUCCGCAGAAGAGGGAGGAAGAGGAGACUGGUUUCUCUCUGAACAAGUGCAUCCUGGGAGCUGUCAUCCUGCUGGGCCUCGGAACCAUCUUCUUCUCAGGUGUGUGUCACCACAGUUUCUGUUACCAUGGUAACAUACAUUAUUGUUACCUGGGAGUGACCUGUGUAGGACCUACACACACCUGUAUGUCAUCUGUGCCUGUCUCUUCUCUAUGACGGUAACACAAUGUGCUAAACAUAAUCAUGAAUGAUUAGACUAAAGGGAUUUUUCACCCACAUCACAGCUAGUCAGUAGUGUGUUGGUUGAUUCAGUAGUGGUCACAGAUAAAGGUCUGAGACUGUAUUAUGCCUACAGGUGUCUUCAUGGACCUGGACGAUGGUAGGUUGUGUGUGUGUGUGUGUGUGCCAGAGGAAAAGAGGAGUGUUAUGCGAUUAACACUCCCAUGCUUGGUUGACAGUGCUCCACUCUUUCCCAAAAAGCACUGCUCUACAUCCUUGUGUUUUGUUGUCAUGGUGCAUCGUUUCUGUGUUGUGUUAUGAUGGUGAUAGUGCAUCCUUGUGUUUCUGUGUUGUAGAAUGAUGUGUAUUGUCCCCAAUGAUAUAUGUAUUAUAUGUGAUAUGUCUCUGGUUGUCCCCCAUUGUCUUUGUGUUACGAUGCAUUAUACUUGUGUUAUAACAGUGUGUUAUAAUGCAUUGUAAUGUUCUGUCAGUCUUAUAAUGCAUUAUAACAGCUGUUUUCCUUCCAGAGGGGGACUAUGACACCAGGGAGCUGAGAGAAACAGAGGUGGUGGGAAACAGGUCAGCCUCUCACUCACUCACUCACUCACUCACUCACUCACUCACUCACUCACUCUCUAUCUCAGUCUGUCUGUCUCUCUCUACCUACCUAUCUAUCUUAUCCCAUCCCCCUCUCUCUAACUUCAACAUUCAACUGGAAUGAUUGGUCAUCGUGUACUUGAUAUUGUGUGAACUGUGUGUGUGUGUGUGUUGCCAAAGGAAUGGCUGAAUCCCGAGAUUCCUCUUCCACCACCUGUAGAUGUUGACAGUACAGACCAUCUGAAUAAACUGGCUAAAGAAGACCCACAGAUAGCUGUACUGCAAGCCCAACUCCUGGUAGGCCCCUCGCUGUGUCUGUCUGUCUCUCUCUUACUCUCUCUCUAUAGUUCUCUCUCUCUCUCUCUCUCUCUCUCUCUCUGACUUAAUGUACAGCAGUGUGUAUAAGCAGGUGUGUGUUUGUGCCGUGUGUGUAUGCUGCCUAUAUUCUCAAAGGGUCCUCUUUGCUCUUUUUUAAUCAGGCACAGAAAGAGGAGCUAAAAGUAGCCCAGAAGCAAGCGGAGGAUGGAGGGAGGGAGCGAAAGAAGAGGGAGGAGGUGGAGAAGGAGCACGGUAGGCUGAAGAAAGAGAUGACGUCGCUCCCUGUCCUUCAGAAGGAGAAUGAGAGGAUGAAGAGAGAGCUGGAGUCUGUUCCUGUCUUACAGAAAGAACUAGAGACACUCAGAGCCAAAGUGACUGAACUAAAACACAGCACAGGUACUUAGGAGUAGACCUGGCUUCAAAUACUAUUUAACAUAAUUUAAAAUACUGUACUUUAGCUGGGUUUGAUUGAGAAUGUCUGGCACAUUGAACCAAUAAAAUUGUCUUAAAACUGCCAACCCUGCCCAUCUGGUACUCCAGGCAGGCUGAAGUGAUCACUAAAAGUAUUUGGAAGAUUUCCAAUAGUAUUUCAACGCACAGGUCUGUGUAGGAGAGAGGGAGGGAGGGGGAGGUAGGGAAUGAGAAGGAGGGAGGGGAAGGUAGGGAAUGAGAAGGAGGGAGGAAGAGGACGGGGGGGAAAGCUAGCUAGUGACACUAAUAGCCACAGUGACUGAACUAACACACACAUAACAUGUACACAAACACAAACAUUUCUAAUUCUCUUAAUUUAUUUCCUUAGACAAAGAAGCAGCUCCACUGCCGGUCUCUGCCUCUGUCCCGCCCCCCUCUGGCCAAGCUGGGGAUUACAGCCAGAACACAGCAGGAACGAUAGAGGGGGAGGGCAAGAAACCAGGGGAGGGAGAGAAAACAGAGAAGAAGAAAGAGUGGAAGAAGGAGAAAACUGAGCAGGGAAAAGAAUGGAAGGAGAAGGAAGAGAAGAAGGAUUGGAAUAAGGGAGGGAAGAAGGAUUGGAAGGUAGAAAAAGAGUGGAAAAAGGGAAAAUAUGACCAGGAGAAAGAAGGUGAAGAAUGGAAGGGAAAAGAGAAGAAAGAGUGGAAGAAGAAAGAAGACAAGAAGGGAGAAUGGAAGAAAGAUAAAUCAAGCAGAGGGGAUGAGGGCAAGCCAUGGAAGGCCAGGGAAGACAAGAUAGAAUGGAAGGAGAAGGGUGAGAAAAAAGACUGGAAGGAGGAGAAAGAUUGGAAAAGGGAAAAACCUGAAAGAUGGAGUGAUAGCAAGUGGAAAGGCGAGAAGGAGUGGAAAAAAGGCAAGGAUGAGCGGAAGGGAGAGAAGGAGUGGAAGGGAAAAGAGGAGAAGAAUCUAAAGAAAGGAGGUUGGGAUGAGUGGAAGGGAGAGAAGGAGUGGAAGGGAAAAGAGGAGAAAAAUCUAAAGAAAGGAGGUUGGGAUGAGAAGGAGUGGAAGGGAAAAGAGAAGAAUCUAAAGAAAGGAGGUUGGGAUGAGUGGAAGGGAGAGAAGGAGUGGAAGGGAAAAGAGGAGAAAAAUCUAAAGAAAGGAGGUUGGGAUGAGUGGAAGGGAGAGGAGUGGAAGGGAAAAGAGGAGAAAAAUCUAAAAGGUUGGGAUGAGUGGAAGGGAGAAAAGAAUGGAAAAGAUGACAAAUAUCUAAGGAAAGGAGGAUGGAAUAAGGGCAAGGAUGAGUGGAAUGGAGAGAAGGCGUGGAAGGGAAAAGAGGAGAAGAAUCUAAUGAAAGGAGGAUGGAAUAAGGGCAAGGAUGAGUGGAAGGGAGACAAGGAUGACUAUAAGGACCGUGGCAAAGGAUGGAAGGAGAGAGGAGAGAAGGAGUGGAAGAGCGAAAAAGAUUGGACAAAGAAAGACGGAAAAAAAUAUUGCAGUAAAGAGUGGAAGGGUAAGGACGACAGGAGAGAAAAUGAGUGGUCUGAUGGAAAGAAGGAAGGAUGGAAGGAGGAGAGAAACGGUGGGAACUGGAACAAGGACAGAGGAGAUGACAAAUACGAGAAGGACCACCACUACUCUAAGGAAGGUCAGAAAGAGAAAGAGAGGGGAAAGAGAGAAAAGGGUCCUCCUCAAACCCACCGCAGAGCCCCCCUGGAGCAACCUGACUACUGGAGCCACCAGAGAGAACGACUGCAGCACAAACCCAACCCUCAAACCCACUGCAGCUCAGUGGAGGCCUGCGCCCAGGCAGAGGGGCUGCUCCCUGUCACCAUGGCCGAGUUUGAAACCCUGCUCCUGGGUUACCUAGCCAAGGCGGAGAGGGUUGGGGUGGAGACCUCCAAGAGGGAGGAGCUCAGUAAGCUAGCCAGGGAGUUCUUCAGGGACGGAGUGUUCGUUCACGACCAGAUGAGCUUCAAGGACUUUGUGGAGGAUGUGGAUGACAUCUUGGAGGAUAUGGUGAAGGGAGAGGAGGAUGAGGAGGUAGAGGAGGAGAUGGAUGACAUUGAGGAAGAGGCAAUGAACAGGUUUGCAGUUCCAGGGGGAGGAGAGAGGGAGAAGUGGAAGAAGGAGAGUGAGAGAGGACGGGCGUGA